AUGCGUCUUCUUCCAAUAUCGUUGCUAUCCACUGUCUUCGCCUCUGUGAUAUUGGCACAAUCCGGGGAACAAACAUUGGAGAAAUCCUCUCCAGAAUUACCCGGAGAGGUCUCCACGGAUGAAGCCUCAGAUGUACCAGAAUCAACAAUAUUUAAUGGAGUUGAAGUCCCUCCUCUCCCUGAUAUCAAUGGGGAAUCUUUUAAUAAAACGAUUGCAGAUGGGUAUUGGUUUGUUAAACAUCACUCACCUUACUGCGGGCACUGUAUACACAUCGCGCCAACAUGGCAAACACUUUACGAAUUCUAUUAUACUUCGAAACCAGUCAAGACAGCGACUGAUGACAGCCUUUCAACAUCAUUAAACACUUUUUCGGCUUAUUACAAUUAUCAUUUCGGUUCUCUUGAUUGUAUCGCUUUCGGAAAUGCCUGUACAGAUCAUGGCGUUACUUCAUUCCCAACAUUUAUAUUAUAUAAGGAUGGCGUGGAAUCAAAGCGAUUUAUUGGACCGAAGGAUAUGGAGAAAUUGGGCGCUUUCAUUGAGGAAAAUCUAGACUCAAUUAGACCAGGGUCUAGACCAAUUGGUGGACCAGCUUACCCAGAAGAACGCGCGAAACAAAGUCCAGACUACAAACCUGUAGCAGUCACUUCACAAGAAACCGAAAAGACAACUGAGAAGUUACUUGAGAAGUCAUCCGAGAAAUCCACUGAAGAGGCAACCGAAGGAUCAGCUCAGAAACCAGAAAAAGCCGCAGAGAAACUCGCAGAUAUUGUUGUGCCAGUAAAGGAUGCCGCUAAGGAUGCCGUUAAAGAUACCAUUAAGGAUGUUAAAAAUACUGUCAAAGAUGCCGUGAAGGAAACGAAACCCGACGUUGCUAAAAUCACAACCAAACCUGCCCUUAAAGCUACACCAAUCGAAAAGAAGCCUUCCAAACCCACUCAAACUGCAAAUCCACUUGGUACAUCUGUCUCACUCACAGCAGAAAGUUUUCAAAACUUGGUUACCAUGUCGCAGGAUCCAUGGUUUAUCAAAUUCUACGCUCCAUGGUGUCAUCAUUGUCAAGCCAUGGCUCCUAACUGGGCUCAAUUGGCAAAGGAGAUGAAAGGAAAGCUCAAUGUUGGAGAGGUUGACUGUGAAGCAGAGGCUAGGUUGUGUAAGGAUGUUCAUGUUCGGGGAUAUCCCACUAUUCAUUUCUUCCGUGGGGGUGAGCGUGUCGAAUAUGAAGGACUUAGAGGAUUGGGUGACUUUGUUACUUUCGCUAACAAAGCCGUUGAUAUUGGGGAUGGUGUCAAAGAUAUUGAUGCUUCGGAGUUCAAAGAAUUAGAGGAGAAGGAGGAUGUCAUCUUUGUCUAUUUCUACGAUCAUGCUACCACAAGCGAAGAUUUCGCAGCAUUGGAAAGAUUGACUUUAAGUUUGAUUGGACAUGCCAAACUUGUCAAGACUAAUAGUGCUGGAUUAGCAGAUCGAUUCAAGGUUACAACAUGGCCUCGUUUAAUGGUAUCUCGCGAUGGAAGACCGACUUAUUAUACUGCACUCGCACCUCAAGACAUGCGCGAAUUCAGACUAGUUCUUCAUUGGAUGCAAUCGGUUUGGCUACCUGUCGUACCAGAACUCACAGCUUCGAACUCUCGCGAGAUUAUGGAUGGUAAAAUUGUUGUACUAGCAAUUCUUUCUCGAGAUCGUGAAGCCGAUUUCGCAAUGGCCAAGAAGGAAUUGAAGCAAGCUGCAUUAGAAUGGAUGGAUAAACAAAUCAUUAACUUUCAACGUGAACGACAAGAAUUGAGAGAUGCAAAACAACUUAGGUUAGAGGAAGCCGAGGAUCGAAAUGAUCAAAGAGCUUUGAGGGCAGCAAAGAGCAUUCGAAUUAAUAUGGAUAAAUCUGAUCAAAAGGAGGUUGGAUUCGCUUGGGUUGAUGGAGUUUUUUGGGAAAGAUGGAUUAGAAGUACUUAUGGUAUUGAGGUUAAAAGUGAUGGUGAAAAGGUUAUUAUUAAUGAUGAAGAUAACCGUCGUUACUGGGACACCACCAUCACCGGAAACUACAUCAUCCCUUCGCGCACCUCAAUCCUCGAAACCAUCCCAAAAGUCGUCUCGAAUCCUCCAGUCAUCAAACCAAAAUCAACAAUAGGCUCAUUUGAAAAACUCUUUUUUAACAUCAGAGGUGCGAUCUCAGGACAUCCGUUCCUGAGUUUCGGAGUAGCUCUGGGGUUGAUGUUGGGCGCUACGAUGUAUGCAAGGGGGAAGAUUGGCGGGAGGAAGGGGGGGUAUUUUAGAGUUGAGGAGGGGAGUGGGAGUGGGAAUGCAAAGGAUGGUUUGUUGGGGGGUGUAAAUGCUGGGGGGAAGGUGGAUUAG